GAGACUUGGCGACCCCAUUUUGGCCGAGUGGUGCUCUGCGGCGGCCUGGCACGCCUCCCUGGCCUGGCAUCGAGGCUCAGGCUUGACCUCCGCCAGCUGCUCCCAAGCCACUGGCCGGUCGAGGUCAUCGUCGAGGAGGAACCUGAGCUCUCGUUCUGGCGAGGUGCAGCACAGCAUGCUUUGAACUCUGACGAGUUGUGGGAUGAGUGCCAGGCGCGGCAGCGUGCUGCGCCAGACUCAGGCGGUCGGUGGCCGUCUUCGCAUGUGGACACAGCAACGUUUCCCCCACAGCGGAAAGACUUGUCCAUUCCGCCACCGUUGGACGGCAGGACCGGCAGGUCGCAGGCGGGUGGUGAGGACUUACCAGACAUGCCCUCACCUCACCUACACAGGGGGAGAGGGGAAGGAUCAGAGUUUUCACCAGGCUCCUCGGGAAUGCCCUCCCCGAACGGAAAGGGGCGAGGUAAGGGCAAGGCCAAGUCUGGACCCUCGGCGCGAAGGGUUACCACGGCGACAAUCAUUCCCGCCGUGAACUUGGUCGUGCCUGCCUCUUUCGCUCAGCCAGAUUCUGCACCGACGCACCGAGCAGAAGAACAUCAACCAAUGAUGGGCAGCGCGGAGGCGAGCAACACUGCACAACCUACCCAGAAAGAGCACUUUCACCCAUCGUUGGAAUUGCAGGACGACAAGGACUCUGCAGUUGACGUCGCACCUGCUCUAGCAUCUGGAAGCGAACUGAUACCUCCAGCAUUGUCGCAGCAGCCUUCGGAUGCGUCUCCUGCAUCCAGUAGCCCUGCAAGUGGCCUGGCAGAGUUCUACCCAGACCUGCCUGAAGAGUUGCAAGCCGACCUUCGUGAAGAGGGCUUCUCGACGUGGACACCCACCCGGAAGCGGCUGAAGCGCAAAGCACCCGCUUCAGAUUAUGUGCAGCUGCGCAAAGGAACAGGAUAA